ACCCCAACUCCUACCCACUCCCAUUUACCCUCCUCCCCUCGUCGUCCUAAGCUGUAGGGCUUGAGUUGCCUCGACCCCUUUAGUACCCCCUCUCGCUCUCUUGUGUAUUACCAUGAUCCCUCUGUGACCUCGUUCGAGCCCUGCAAGACGUGUAGCACGUCGCGUGCUCGACCUCGAAUACCCCUCCUCUAGGAUCGUUCUUUGUCCCCAAUCACUCGAGCUUCCUACGCGUUCGACCUUGAGGAAUCGAUUACACAUGGCUGCUGUGUUUGUGCAGCCGUCUCCUCAAACCUCCCUGAACAUGUCGACUCGUCGCCCGCUCGCCAACGUGCCGAAUGCUACCAAUUCUCCUCACCGGGCUGGGCUCGUGCCAGCUAAACGAGCACGAUCCGGUCAAAUAGAGAUUCCCUUUGGUCAGCCACCGCCAAAGAAAGUGGUGAUGGACGCCGUGGAACAGGAUCGGAGCCGACUCAUUGUACACCAAGGCGCCGAGUCCAAAUUGUUUGCGCGUCGGAGCAACAACGCAAACCCUAGCGCGUUUGAAAAGAAGCUGGUGGCUGCGAGGGAAAAGGAAAGAUUGCCUCAACAGAAGGGCUCCAGAACCGAGAAGCCCUCGGCGGAUACUAUGGACACGAUUCGACAAUGGCAGCGCCACUACCGCAAGGCGUUCCCGCAAUUCGUCUUUUACUUCGACAGUAUCCCCGAGGAUGUUCGCCGUAAAUUCUCGCGCCAAGUCGUUGCUCUUGGAGCUUGCGAGGAGAAAUUCUUCUCUCGUCUCGUCACCCAUGUCGUUACUUCACGUCCUAUUCCCCCGGAAGCUACUGCUACCACGAGUCCGACCGAGGAACCCGCCACCGGGACAGAUGGAGCCAAUGGUGAAAACAUGCAGACUGUGAACCCGUCUCUACUGGAGAAGAAUGCCGACUCCCAUCUACACGUGUCGCUAAAGAUUGAAACUCGUCGUGACCAAGGAAGCAUGGAUGUUUUGCAGAGAGCCCGUCAGAUGGGUAUGAAAAUUUGGGCCUUGGAAAAGUUGCAGCGAAUGAUCACCACGAUCAAUGACAACGACAUUGGUGGCCAAAACGAGAGUGCUUCUCGAAGCAAGAACGUCGGUGGAAACGCAGCCCAUGGUCGGGGUGAAAACGACCUCUCCCGAGUUCUUCGACAAGAACUCCUCAAUGGACCAUCUGAUCGUGAUCCAUUCGCGUCAAUGGAGAUGGUGAUGUUCAAGGGGCCCUUUAUCUAUAUUCACGACAUGAAUGAGAAGACCAAGCCGGUCAUGGUGCGAGAAUACGCCCGGGUAAACAAACGUCAGGACGGUGCUUGGCCCCAGUUCCGGAGUGCGCCCUUGGGCAAGUGUCCGUUCAUUGAUGAACCACCAAGCCGGAAGGAAUAUGAUCGACACCGGAUACGCCAAGCUCAGAAAGAGAAGAAGGCGGCUAUUCAAAAGGCAGAGGACCCUCGGACCAAACCCUCCACGACUGUCCCUACAGAGCGGGCUGUUGAGAACAAAGUCGCUCCAGAUCUCUCAAACCCCAAGCGAACAGAAGAUCAGUAUACUGCAAAUCCUGUGGAUGUCUUUACCAAGCCACUCUUCGAAGAUGGGCACGAACGCAAGAGCUCUGAAAGCUUGAUUCCUCCCCAUUUCCCUCGCACUGGCCCAUUCUAUACAGGACGUGAGCCUGCGGCAUCCGGCGUACAGCCAUCCAAUGUCACUUCGGCCAUCCGCUCCCAGAUGAUCUCAUCUACCGCUGCCGCACCGGGUGCUAAAGCAGGAUUGAGCAAAGAAGUUCAUGGACUGAAGAGGAAGGUUCUUGAAAAAGGCACUGGCAACAUCGUUGCUGGAUCGAUGGCUGCCCCCCAACGCCCUAGUACUGGAUCUGCCUCGUUCUCUUCUAGGCAGACCGAUCCUAACAAAACGGCGGUUCCCGAGAAGAAUGGCCAUGGAGAUGCUCACCAAAUGGACGGGGCUGGAACCAAGAGACGACGGGACGAAAACAACGAUACCCAACCCCAGAAACCCGAACGACGAAGAGACCCGAAGCCUGGCUAUUGUGAGAACUGCAGGGACAAGUUUGAUGACUUUGAAGAGCACACUAUGACAAGAAAGCACCGCCGGUUCGCCCAGAAUGCGUCCAACUGGGGUGAACUCGAUGCCCUGCUGUUUGAGAUUCAACGACCUUUGAAGGAAGAAUACGAAUUUGACGAGUAAUUUGUUGAUGUUCUCGAUUACCGCCACGAUUCGACCUCAAGUUUUCUUGGCCCCGUCCUAGCCAUAUUUGCAUCCCGGUGCCUGUCGGAUUUUCUGUCCCCCAUUUCUGUCCCCUAUCGCCUUUUUCAUUAUUAUUUCUGCUUUCUACUUAUGAUGCCUUGCCUCAUGGUUUUGACACACCACAGCUUGCAUGGCCAUACCCGUGGCAUCAACACAUCUGCAUAUGGGGAGUUUCUUUUUUCUAUUCACUUCGCAUCGGCAGUCCUGCGCAAAUCGACAGUACACCCUGCCUGCACUAAGCUUGCAAUUAUUAUCAACUCAACUUCAUUCAAGCAAGUUGUCCGCUCGUUCAUCACCUCUUCUUUCUACCUUGUAUUUCCUAUCAUCAUUUUUUACUCUCUUGCAUCAGCAGCCAAGGACAUUUUUCAAUAAUGACUUCCUUUUCCUUUCAUAUUUCCCGACAGCCAGGCGAUGGGGCCGGCCUUGUCUACCAUGACGCUCGAUGUGGGCUGGACAGGUUGGUGGCUACCAGUGUGGUACAAGUUAUAAAGUCAAUGACUGGGCAUGGGCAUGUCUUGCCGUGAGCAUGGAUCCGAUCGCUUCGAAUUGCAUUGCGCUGCAUCCUGUUACAUGGUCUCAUCUGUCAACGACAGCCUACGGGCCUAAUUUCUGUUUCCAUCUAGUUUAUCUCCUUAUGUUCGGGUCUUUUCAUCUAGCGGAGUCUUGUUUGUCUUUCACAACGGGUAAUUACACCCGGCGCAGGUGGCGGAGAUUUCUCCGAAUGUGCUUUUUGAUACUCCAGCUUUACUCAGCUUCCAUACGCAUUGAUUCUACUAAACAUCACUCUUCCUUUACGUAUGCCGUCCGUUGGAAAGGUCUUCUGUAGCUGCAUUUGAUCUCUAGCCCCGUUGAGAUUUUCUUGACCCGGUUCUGUACCAGAGCCUCAUAACCCUGGGGAAGAGUUACGACAGUUCCCUUAUUGAAAGUCUGAUUGGAGAAUGUUCAUGACUUUCCUUCAAGUCCAAACUCCUGUGGAAGAUGAAUCGUUCAUGGCCUUCAACUCCCAAACCUUCCACCAGUCAACAUACCCAACCAGCCUCGCCCACUGUACCUAGCCAAUUCAUACAAUGCUUGCCAUACCUCCCGAUUAGGCUGCGUCUCCGGAGUAAACCCAUACCGAGCAAUUUCCUCCUCAUCCCACUCCCUCGGCUGCCUAAUAUAAUCCCCAUUUGACAACCUCUCAAUCUCACACGUCCUCUUUGCCCCAGCAUCUCGUAGAAUCCGAAUAACCUCCGGAAAACACCUGUAUGCCUCCGCUGCCCGUGCGGGCGGGCCUUGAUUUGAAUCAUAGACGAGAUUUGCUUCGAGUGCGUUUGCCCUGGUUGCACCCGCUUUGUAAGAUGCGAGGUGCUGGAUGUGGAGACGACGACUCAGCUCGGCGGAGUGGAGGGCUUGGUCUAGGGCUGUCCAUUGUGGGGAUUUUGAUGUGUCGGGCUUGUUGAUGUGACUGACUAGGCCGAUGGAGAGGAGGAGUCGCACUGUCAAUGGCUUUCCGCGACUUGCAGCAGCAAUGAGGGUCUCAUGGCUUUUGGGAUUGGAGAGGUAGUGCAUUUUGUAGGCCUUUGUUAUGUCAGAGUUUAGUCGGAGGAGGAACGAUUGAAUGAGAUCGCAGCUGGCUUGAUCGGCGAGGACGACAUUAUUGGCGAUUGAGUAGAAAAUAUCUCGUUCCCGAGCCUGGAGGAUGAGCGGAUCGGCGCCCUUGUCGCUAAGGAAGCGGCCUCGUCGUAUUGGAUCUAGAUUUGUCUCUAGGGCGAUGGAGAGCGGAGUCCCUCCCCCACGGGAUCUUGCGUUGAUAUCUGCUGGCGUAGAGUGAUUGAGAAAAAUCCCACAUGCCGUCUCGAAUUCAUCCUCUGGAUGAUAGGUAGUUGCUAGCAAGUGGAGAGGGGUGUCUUCUUGAAAUCGGUUACGGAUGUCAAUGCUCGGCAUGGCACCAACUAUCUUCUUGAGAGUUGGUAGAUAGGCCUCGGGGUAGUCCAAACGGGGUCCCACGAUAGAGACCCAGGAAUGCAGAAUCGUAUCUCCAGCUGAUAGUAUCGAUUCCUUGAGGUCGGCACCUGCAUCUAGUAAUGCACAUAUCACACCCCCAUCCCAGACCCCCAGAUCAGCGGCGGCGGCAACGGGAGUUAAGGGAGGAUAACCUUUGUCUUUCGCAUUGAUGCCUGCCCCAGCCUUGAUCAGGACUUGUACCAGAUCGGUCAUGUGUGUCAAAUGUUGCUCCCACGCUCCGUGGCGGAUCCAAUAAUGCCAGUGAUGAGGUAAAUAACCGUGUCGGUCAGGGAAAUAUUUGGUGAUUCCAUGCAGCGUGUUUCGUCCCAUAGAAUCCAGCAGAGUGCCGUCUGCAUCGCGAGAUAUCAGAUAUCGGGCUAUCCCGGGCUCUCCAAAAUAGGCCGUUAAGGCAAGCGGUGUUGUUGAUGCAUCUAACCCAUGAUAGCACGCGUUGAUGUUGGCCCCAAGGGAGAGCAAAGAAUCCAUAGCUGUCAUGUGCCGGAAGAAGCAGGCCCAGUGAAGAGGUGUGCCAUGAGGAAGUUCAAAUGGACUGAAUUGUUAGCUCCAGAGCAACUGAUUGGAAGGGAGAUGCGUAC